AUGGGUCGAUCUCGAGCAUGGGGGGGGUGGAGGGACGGAGAGUGGGUGUGGAGGCUUCAAUGGAACAGGGAACUGAUGGAUAGGGAGAAAAUUCAGGAGCAACGGAUUCUUAACCUCAUCAGCCAAGUCCGAAUUUCAGAAACAAAACCAGAUAAAUGGAUUUGGAAAGCCUCAAAAGACGAAGCCUUUUCGGUUAAGUCAGCAUACAAGAUCAUAAGUACCGACGGCAGAAUUGAUAUCAACAGGAGAAAGGUGGCUAUUCAACAACAGGAGGCUCUCUGCAUUUUCUGUAAGUCGACGAUUGAGACAGUUGAUCAUAUUUUCUUUGGUUGUCAAAAGACCUUGGAGCUGUGGAAUGCGACGCUCUCAUGGAUUGGCAAACAAACGGCGAUGCACUGCAAGGUGAUCGAUCAUUUUAAUGCUUUUAUUAACCUUGGAAACAAGAAAGAUAAAAGGUUUUUGAUCGGUGUUUGGUCGGGACUGAUUUGGUGUAUUUGGAAGACGAAAAAUGAAUGCAAAUUUCAGCAAGGAGUCUGGAAUACUAAAAGAACUGAAGCGGAACUUAAAUCGAGACUGUGGAGCUGGAUGACGAUUAACAACGUGCAGAAAGUUACUGAGGAUUUCAGGAGAUGGUUCGAAGUUGCGCUGUGA